UAAUAUGAAUUUCCAAUGGAAGAAAGAUGGUUGCUUAUCGCAUUACGCUUUAGUAAGCAAUUUAGCAGGGUGAGGAGAAAGAAAGGUUGGCGAGGGAGAUGUUGGCUGGACGAGUGGUAUAAAAGGAUCGAAAUGAUCCAUUACGCGAUCAGUGUAGCAAGACGACAAAUGCGCGCCACACGAUCCGAUAAUCGUGCCAUAUUAACUCGGGCCCAUCCCAAGAGUAUAAAAGAUGUCUCAAUUGGAAUCGAACCUCAGUGUUUCAUACGAAAAGGACAUGUCAACGUCGAAGAACAGUUCUCUGCUGCGUCUCAACCAAGAGAGCCGUGGGACCAACGAUUGGCAGGACCACGACACAGACUCCGAAAUCAGCGAAAACGAGUUCCUGACGAAAGGUGCUUUCCUGCUAACGCCCAGUCACGACCUCAGCAUGGAGAAGGCGGCGACCAUUUGCGAGAAAAUGAACUUCCGGUUGCCAUACCGUGCAGACCGGCGAAGACGUUUACGGUUUAUGUGCUCGAUGUUCCCGAAGAAGUACCGGAAGACGACAUACGGCACGCCCUGUACAAGUAUCGAUCUAUCGUCGAAGUAACAAGGCUGCCUCUGCACACCGGAACUGUGCUGAAGGCCAUCAAUGACAAAUUGAGAGGCGAUGCCCUAAAUUUCAACGAGCCGGCCACUAUUUAUACAGGACCGCCGGUAAUAAGAGUCACCCUUGCGAGUGUGGAGGAGACCUCGUUGUUACUGAGCCGGGGUUUGGACUUUUAUGGGGCCACAUAUUUCCCGACCGAAACACCCCAUCCUGCGGCUCACACUCUCGCCAAAUACAAAAACAACAGAUGGACGGAACUUGCAUCGCUUGGAGCCGGACAACGGGUCAGAGAUCUACUUCCGGUUUUCGACAACGCGGGAUUCAAUAAACUAGGACCACCUGCGAGCCGAAUCAUAAAACCCCAAAGAAACUGACACUUCCCUUUCAAAGGACCGCAACACAUUAACUUCAAAGGUUUUAUAUUCAUUCCAAAAACCGUGUUAUAAACUUUGUAACUGAAUAUGAAACAAGAAUUUAAUUUGAAAAUUAUUCAAAAAAAGUAAAGUUUGCCUUACUAAUGCUAAUUUUUAAAAACUAAAGGAAAUUAUGGUCUUACAUUAAUUAAUAAAUAAUUUUCCAAUCAUCAUAUUUGAUGAAUUAUAUCAACAAUUAAAAUAAUUGAUAUUUUAAGCAUAACUUUAGGACAAAUUUGUCAACUCUAUAAGAAAACUAGUCAGAAUGUAAUGUCAGCAGUUACAUAUAUAAUUUAUUACCAGUAUUUUAAUUGAAUGAUUAAUAAAAGAGUCAAUGUGCCAGGGGUAAUCUACUAAUGAAUUGUGAAAUUAUAUUCAACUACUUCAUAUCUGCAUAAUUUUAAUUGUACGACUCUCGAAAGCCUGUAUUUAAUACAUACAAAAUUGACGCAU